UUCACGCUUAAUCCUUCCUCCAGACCACUAAUCCAGGUGCUCGACUGAGGCGCGGCUUCAUUUUAUUUAAUGAAGAGUCAUACGAAAGUUUAAUGGAGUCAAAGUGAGGUCUUUCAAUGCUGGGGAUUAAGCGGCUCCAAAUAGAUAUAGUAGUUUAAUCAUUAUUUAUGACUUUUAAUUCCUCUCUCAAAUCCAACUUUUACAUUAGUUGAAACGAUUAGAUAAUUGAUCGAUUAGUAGAUCAAAAAUAAAAGUAAUCACAUUGAUAAUUGAUUCAUUUAUCUCGCAAAAAUUCCAUGAGCCAGUCACAAUAUGAGGUUUAUGUUCUGAGUGUAAUGCAGUCAGAAGCACACAGGAGGCUUAACAAAUAAGUAUAAUCUUUAUAAAAAAAUAAACUUUCUGCACCUUUUUAAAAAGAGUAAAACUUCUUUUCUUGAAAGGCGUAUCUUUCUCUCUCUUCACCUGUGUGUUUGUCACAGGCAGCCCGCAUAUUGUACUGUAUCUCACACACUUAAAUGGCUUUAAUAGCAUCCCUGGUAACAACAGUAAAACCCCUGUGACUACAGCUACACGGCUUGCUUUAUUGUCACAGAGUUGGAGCUGAGAGACGUGCAGCAGAGAUUCCUCCAGAGACUGAUGGUAAUUAUUAGUCCCCAGGUCUAACACUCAGCCCCACACUACUACCCCCUGACCCUGCCUCCCCCCUGGUCUGUCGGUGUAGAUGCAUCCCAUUGGCUCUGUCAGAAAGAGCUACAAAGUCGUAGUAGCCAGUUGUCCAGUGUAAUGUUUUGGCUAAGAAUUGGUCAAGAAGACUCUCUUGGUCAGACAGGAACACUUCCUCUUCUCUGGGAGUUUCAGGGGUUAAAGCAUCGGGUUAAAGCAUCGCACGCCCGCGACCCCGCGCCGCAGUCCGGUGUGGACAUGACAUUUCUCAAAGCCACGCUGUGUGGCAGGUAAAUGAGUCCCUCUGUCUGAACUCUUCAUUUGGGAGAGGAAAUGAUUUGCCCCUUUGCUGAAUGACAUUUACCUUUUCAGUAUGGGUUUGCUUUAGACAAAAAAAAGAAAAAGAAAAAGGAAAAUCCGCUCGGUGUUGGUGAACACGGAGUUGAACUCUCCUGUGGUUUCUAAAGGUCAGCUGCAUCCUCGCCUAUACGCAUCACCCUUCCCACUGCCUUGUCCUUCAUUAACUCUGCGAGUCUCUUUUGCUGAAGGACCACGUGAACUGGGGGCCUGCAGGUUAGGCGGGAUUCAUAAUCACUCGCACUGUGUAAGGAACUCAUUACCUGCGUCCUCAGAUAGAUGUCCUCUCCUGUCUCGUGCUGUUGCGCAGCAUUUCCCUCGUCGAGGUGCAGCAGUGGAAGGAGCUGGCAUUUUAAACAGUUGAAAUGCUGCACAUGAACCAAAAAUUGAUUUAGAAGUGUUACGUGAUGCAAUUUCUCAAACCAUGUUAAGAUUUAAAAAAAACUGGCUUCAAUCAGACAAAAAGAAGCACACAGGCGCUCUAUAGGUUUUGGUCAUACAGCCUUUUUUAGUCUCCCCCUUGAACAACGCAAAGCAGAGCCCUGUAUAGGCUUUACAGUCUCACACACACCUACGCAAGAGCAGGCUCAUUCACCACACACACACACACACACACACACACACACACACACACACACACACACACACACACAGAAAUACACGAGAGCCACAAUCAGCCAACGGUAGAGCUGGCUGGUACACUCGGCCUGGUUUCCAUGGCAACCUGGCCACUGAAUCUCCCUCUGUGUGCAGGCACAGUGGGAUGGAGAGACGAAGGAGAGGAUGUUUAGAUGGGGUUUUGUGUUAGUGUGGGUGUGUGUGUGUGUGUGUGUGGGUGCAGCCUACAUGUUUGUGCAGUGCUGGUUUGUGUGUUGAGUUCAACAAAAACACGUCUUCCGUCAGAGACUGUCUGCUACACGCUGCGUACAAUAGGUACCGUGUAUAAAUACCAUGUAUGCUGCUGUUGAGUAUGUGGGGGGAAAAAAAGAUUUUUACUGCAAAUUUUAAAUAUUUGCCAUCUUAUAAAUUGCAUUUAUACAGCACCUUUCUUCCAACCACUCAAAGCGCUUCACACAUGUCAACAUUCACCCAUUUGUACAGUAAACAAUAAUGGUAGAGGCUGCCAUACAAGGUGCCGACUGCUCGUCGGGAUCUAAUCCAAUCAUUCACACACACUCGCACAACGAUGUCACAGCUUUUAGCAGCAAUUGGGGGGUUCAGUAUCUUGCCCGAAAAAUAAUAAAAAAAUGAUACAAUAUAUAAUUUGCAACAUUGAAUUUCCUAAAAACCCUCCAGGGGCUUGAAAAUUGGCACUUAUAACAGUAAUGUAACAUAGACAAUUGAUAUGUAUCUAUCAAUAAUUGUAGACAUAGUAAAAACAGACAUAGUUUAGCAAAGUAAUGCAUCCCAUAAACACCCAUCUGUUACACAAAUACACUGCAUCACUCAGUUAUAACACACAUAUCAGGAAGACUCAUUCAUAACUCACUGUCGUUAACAAACUGAGAACAUGCACUCGUGUGAUAUGGUGUAAGAGUUUCCAUAAGACAGGAAAGAUGAGCAGAAAAUGUACGACGUACAAAACAACUUGUUCUUGGUGCUCGUUUCUGAAAAUGGUAUACGGGCUCAAGUUUGGUGUGAUUGGGUAGUUGGCACAAGCUGUAUUACAAUAAUUGAUAUACAGACAAACCAUUAAAUAACAUAGAAUAAGAGCUACCUCAGUGUUGAUCAAGGGACGUGAUUUGUCUAGUAUGCUAAUAGUCUUGGCCACUUUGUGGUUAUGGCCCUGAUAUGAGGUUUCCAAGAUAAGGAUACAUCAAGCAGAAUACCAAGACAACGUGUAGUACGCAAAUUACUCAUGGGGAUGGUAUCCAUUACUUUUUUUAUACAAGGAGUUAAAAAAUCCCUAAUUUAAGACCAAAAAAAUGUUUUACUCUCUCGAUUGCCAGGUGAUAUGGUGGUUCACUUUUAGUGGUUCUUUAUUUUUAUUUUGUACCGGUUUUCACUGCUGAAUCAGUUUGACAUUCUGGAUAUAUCUUUCAAAUGCAUAUUAUAGACCCUUAUGUCUGCUUCUCCCUGGUUUUGGGAGUGCAGUAAGUGACCGUGUGGGCUCAAUGGUAGCUCUGACAGCUUGAUGGAGGAGCAGCAGGGGGCGGGGCUUAGUGAAGGGUCUGUUGGCUCCAUUAUACGAUACCAACUGCUGUCUAUCUGGUGAGUCUGAGCAGUGCAUUGUUUCUUAUUCAGAGAUGUGAAAGCUUCUGAAGAAGAAUAUGAUGGUUAACUGUGUCAAAUGCCUCAGAUAUGUCUGCAAAAUACCUUUAGUGUUUUCCUUUCUAUCUCUGGCUUUGUAUAUUUCAUGAAUUGAAUGUGUGGUGGAAUCUUGGAGGCUCUACUCUAAAAUGUGGACGAUUGAGCCUCUAAAUUGGCAUGCAGCAAACAACAGCUCAUAUUAAAUCUGUUAAUCAAUUAAAACCCGUUUGUACAAUUAUUGUCCCAGAGAUUAAGGAGCCAGCCAUAAUCUGCAAUGCCCCUUAUGCCCCUUUUCCCUAAAUUUGCAACAGUCAACCUGCUAUCUGCAACAGGAGAUCAUUUGCUCUUGCAUUACUUUGAACACGUUUGCCAUGCUUGCAACCCAUGCAUUACAUGCAAGAGUCCCUGGAAAUGUAACCGCAAUUUGCGAGAGGCAAUCAUUUUCAAAGCAGGAUGCUGACGCCGUUUUCGGUCUCCGUGUAAGCAGCUUGCAAAGUAAAUCCGUGAAAGGUGCCCCGAAUUGAAAUCAGUCUGGAGAUCUUUGUUGUUCCCCGUCUCUCAAGUUAAAAAGGUAUAAAAUAGAUACAAAGUGGUGUUAUUUACAAGGUGUUUUCAUUCUUAUGUAAAACACAAACUUUUUUACACAUAUUUAAUACAUUUAUUUAAUAAAAACGCAUUUUAGAAAUUGUACAACUCAAAUGCUUGUUUUAAGACUCUUAACACUCUCAUGCACUAUAGCAGUGACGAGAUAUAUUACCCAUCAAACAUCCCCCCCCCCCCAUUGCUCCGUAGACCAGAUUGUGUCUUGAUUUAGCUGGCAUAUGUGAAAGGUUUCGAGGGUCUAGAUGCUGCAAAGAGACAAGCUGUCCUCCUGUCACUUCUGACAUAUGAAUCCCAGCGGAGGCCCCAGUUGCUGCUGUGUUUGAACGCACAAGGACUUUAUAACUGGUGGGUCUGCUGGCAGCUCUCCAUUUAUUCACCUUCCCCAGCUGGUUGUGUUGUCAUCACACAAAAGAGGAGGAGGAGGAGGUCAGGUGUGUGGCUUUGGAGCAUUGUGUCGGAGUUCGCCCUCUAGUGGACACACUACCCCUCCAAACACACCUAUUUGCCAGUAGACCUCCCUCCUUUUGCCUUUUUUAUUUGUGCUAAGUCCACACAGUAUGCUCAUUUUCAGAGUAUACACUUUUUGCAGUCAGUACACAGGAAAUAAAUGGUACGCAACACCUAAUUGGUACAUAUGUACACCUAAUAAUCCCUUUUAGGGCUGAAUUAAAAAAUAAAUCUGAUUAAUUACGUUUUUUAUUUGAAUGAUGCAAUAUGGAUUCUUAUAAUCCUGAGAUCGAUCUUUGCAUUUGUGUAAAAAUGUCUACAUCUACGCUAGAUGUUAUGUGUUGACAGGGGUUGUGGGUCAGUUAGGGCUGCGUGAUGUGUAAAAUGUCUACUUUGUGGAAAUCAAGUUAUUCAAAAAGGUGGGAAGCUAACGCUAGUAGCGAUCACAACACGAAUGAUGCAAAUUAAUUAGUAAACAGACUUUCAGGUUCUGCCCUCUUGUGCUGACACGUGGGCAUACAAAAUAUAGAUAUGCCAUGUUUUAGAUGUCUUACAUUUGCUAAAGAAAAUGAGUCCUUGGUCCGUAGUUUUUUAACCAGGAAUUGUUUACAAUUAAGCCGGUGAUGUGCACUUAACGCUUGUUUGAAUUCAAGGGACAGGGGGUCUCCUAUGUUGUACUGAUUGUAAUGCCUCUUAUAAAUACAACUGACCCGACACGUUGAAAUUCUGAGAAGCCGUUCAUGCAACAUUGGUAUCUGAUGUAACCGAAUCAUCAAGAAGCGAAUCAAAUUGGGUGAUCAGGGCCAACAUCUAACCCUAAUCCCUCCUCUGAUACCCUUUUUACGGGAGAGAGACAGAGAGAGGGGCUGGGAAGAAUGAUGUCGGUUCAGAGGCUGGGAGGAAUGAAGCAGAGAGAGAGAGAAGGGAGGGGGGGGUUUCCCUGGGCACUGCCCCAGCCCUCUCCCACGUCAGUCAGGCCAUUGAAUGGCUGACGGCUGCAUACCAAGCCUCCUUCUGGGUCUCGGUGCGUUCAUGUCCCUGUUCCUGCCCCGGCCGGGGCUAAAUAUAUUUCCCCAGUUUGCAAAUGUAGCACAAGUCCUGCAACCCGACCCCCAGUCAGCUUCAGCUCCCUUCCUCUACACAAGGUUCACGUUCCUCUGGGUUGUGAAGGUGGGGGUGUGUGUGUGUGCGUGUGUGUCUGUGUGUGAAGGGGUUGGAGGUUAAGAGAGCGCUCUCCUACUCUCACACAUACGGCACUCUUUUCUGGCUCUCUCUCCUAUCUCACACACACACACACACACACACAUACACACAUAACUCUGUCUGUGGACUCCGGCGUUGCCCCCUUGGUUUGCCUUGGUGUGGCGAGCGUGGCAAACGAGGUAUGGAGAGGACUGAGAGGAUUCAAAGGCCCGUCAUGGGCUCGGCAGACUCCUACACCAGCCGGCCAUCGGACUCAGACGUGUCCCUGGAGGAGGACCCUGAGGCUCUGAGAAAAGAGGCCGACAGACAGGCCCUCGCCACGCUCGAGAAAGCAAAGACCAAACCGGUGGCAUUUGCUGUGCGGACAAAUGUUGGUUACAACCCCGGUCCCAGUGAUGACGUUCCUGUGCAGGGCAUGGCCAUAUCCUUCGAAGCCAAAGACUUCUUACACAUUAAAGAGAAAUACAACAAUGACUGGUGGAUCGGACGUCUGGUCAAGGAGGGCUGUGAGGUGGGCUUCAUCCCCAGCCCGGUCAAACUGGAGAACACCCGUCUGCUGCAGGAGCAGAAGAUGAGACAAAACCGACUCAGCUCCAGUAAAUCUGGAGGAAGCUCCAGUUUGGACGUUGCCACUGGAACCCGCCGGCCCACCCCACCUGGCACAGCUCACGUGGACAUGUCCAACGUGUCCUUUGACGUUGACCCACUCGACCUGGAUGCCGAGGAGCCCCCUGAGUCCCAGGGUGACCCUCGCUCCACCAAGGGCACGUCAGGCAGCGUAACAUCCCCUCAGGCCAACGCCCACCGACUGCCCUUCUUUAAGAAGAUGGAGCAUGUUCCCCCCUAUGACGUGGUUCCCUCCAUGAGACCCAUCAUCCUAGUCGGGCCUUCACUUAAAGGAUAUGAGGUGACAGACAUGAUGCAGAAAGCACUCUUUGACUUUCUGAAACACAAGUUUGAGGGCAGGAUAUCCAUCACACGGGUGACAGCGGACAUCUCCCUGGCCAAACGUUCAGUCCUCAACAACCCCAGCAAACACACCAUCAUUGAGCGCUCGAGUACCCGCUCCAGCCUGGACGUACUGGCGGAGGUGCAGAGUGAGAUUGAGCGUAUCUUUGAGCUGGCACGCACUCUCCAGCUGGUCGCUCUGGAUGCAGACACCAUCAACCACCCUUCUCAGCUGGCUAAGACCUCCCUGGCUCCCAUCAUUGUCUAUAUCAAAAUAGCCUCACCUAAGGUCCUCCAGAGGCUGAUCAAAUCUAGGGGGAAGUCCCAGGCUAAACACUUAAAUGUGCAGAUGGUGGCAGCAGACAAGUUGGCCCAGUGCCCACCUGAAUUGUUUGACAUCAUCCUGGACGAGAACCAGCUGGAGGACGCCUGCGAACACCUGGCCGACUACCUGGAGGCGUACUGGAAGGCGACACACCCCCCGAGCAGCAACCCUCCCAACCCGCUGCUCAACCGCACCAUGGCUACGGCAGCCCUGGCCGCCUCCCCUGAGCCCGUCUCCAACCUGCAGGGGCCGUACCUGGUGCACGGUGAGCAGAAGCGGGAAGGGCUUCUGAAAGAGUGCGGCGGGAGCGGCACCCUGCAUGACUAUCAGACAGACACGGGGGGGAAAUCUCAGCAGCAGCAGCAGCAGCAAGCGUACCUGCGCUCCUCUCGUGGCCAGCUAAGGGGAGGAAGUGGCCGGGGGCUGUCGAGGCAAGACACCUUUGACUCUGAGACCCAGGGCAGCCGGGACUCUGCGUACACCGAGGCUGGUGACUCCUGCAUGGACAUUGAGACUGACCCCUACGAAGAGCCCGAGCCAUACCGAGGCGGCGGGGGCAGCCGCCUCCACCUGGCGCAGCAUCACGGCAGACAGGCGUCCUGGGAAGAUGAAGGCGCCGAGCCGGACCAGGAAAACCUGAACCACCCUACGAUGCCGAGCCAGAUGCAGCCGCACGGACGCGCCAAGCUGAGGGAGAGUUACUGCCAGGACCCUGUGGACACCGGGGCCAACAUGAGCCACAACAAGAACCAGGACGACUGGGGGAGGGACGUCUACAUCCGCUGAACACGCAUCUUAGCACAGAGGCAAGGAAGCUACUGGACAGACAGACAGAGAGAUGAGGAGGGGGGAGGGGGGGGGUGACGUUCAGGUUUGGGGUUCAGAAGGAACUGAAGUGUGGGUUUGGGGCCAUGCCAGUCAGGCUAACAAAGUGAAUCUGUUUACAUCCCAGUACAAUGUAAAGAAAAACAUCUGCCAGAUGCCAUUCUCGUCAACUUCUUGCAAUUCAAUUUAGUUAUGUUUAGAAAAAAUACUAUUGGUCUGUUUUUUUGUUUCUUUUGUUAAUACUGCAUGAAUAUCAUGGAUUUCUAUACUGACAGCACGAGGACAGUAAUUGUUACGAUUGUGAAUCUCUGAUUGUGAUCUGUAUGACUCGAGCUCUCCUUCAGCUGUAGAGUGCGAAGGCCGGUAGAGCCGUCGUCUGUCCCGUCUGU